AUGACUCUCUAUGUCGACUUCCAAGGACAACUUUCUGGAAACAUCCGCAUGUCAAGUUACACCGCUACGUUUGCUGUCGUGUUGGAUGUUGUAUCUCUCAACAUCAUGGCCCUCGUGGUAGUCGUUGAGUCCUUCAGGCAUCACAAGAAGUUCAUCGAGAUGUGUUACCUUCUGGGCAAAGUUGACCAUUCGCUCAGGUAUCAAUUGGGAUAUGGCGACCAAACCAAAGUUCUUCUUGUGCUCUCCUACAUGAUUUCCCUGUCCGUGGCCAGUCUGGUUCAGGAGUUUUACUUUGAAUACGAAGGUCGCAACUCCUUCGUCUUCUACAUCCCUGUGUUCUCCCUGUACUGUGUCGAGGCUGCUUUGUUCGUCCAGUUCACCACAAUGACUCAAGGUAUCGCUGCACGAUUCAGGCUGAUCAAUGAUGUCAUCAAAAAGACUGUGAUAAGCAAGAGUUUUGGCCAACUUUUCAGGAACCAGAGUUUCGUUAAGAUUAGUGCAAUCCAAGUUAUUUAUCCACCAAAUCAUGUUGCAGAUGAUAAUUCUUGUCUCUCCAACCUCAGAGAACUGAUAGACCUUUACUGGUUGUUGUGUGACGCAGUACAGUACGCUAACGUGUUCUACGGCAAUCAGUUGUUGACUACAGUGUUCUCUGGCUUUGCACACAUUAUCAUCACGUUCUACUACCUGUUCCUUCACCUAGUGCCAGGACAGGGCUCCUAUCUUGUCAUACAAGGCUUCUGGGCUAUCACUCACAUCUCACACUUGGUUCUGCUGGUGCGACCAAGCACUGCCCUCACUGAUGCUGCAAACGAAACAGCGCCGAUAGUAUGCAGGCUAAUUAAUAGGGAUUUGAACAGCAAUGUAAAGAAACAGCUGAAAGAAUUUUUGCUUCAAUUAAUUCACCACAAUGCUGCACUCUCCGCUCGGGGUGUAUUUCCCAUCCACAGCCACAUACUCACAUCGAUUGCCGGAUCGGUAACUACAUACUUGGUGAUUCUUAUACAAUUUCAGACCACCCCACCUACUCCUGGCAAAGUUGAAUAGAACAUCUGCAUAUCGAAUAGAACAUGAGUUAUCAUUUAUUAUGCCCUGUUAAUAUUUGUUGUAAACACGAUAUCAGUAUAUUAGCCACAUUUGUCACGUAAUUUACAUACUAUGGCUAUAUGAAAAUAAUAGUUAUUGUUUUAAG